AUGUCUGAAACAGGAGGUAAUGACAGUGCUGUUCGUUAUUUCUGCACCGCUGGGAGCGGAAUGGAGCUGUUUUUAGUGGACGAAGUGAAAAGGAAGUUGGCGGCUAAAGACGUAUGUCAGAUUCCAGGCAAGGUGUUGUUCAACUCCUCUGCCUCAAUUGACAGAGUCAGUAGCCUGAAAGCUGCAGAAAGGCUCUUUCUGCUGUUGAAGGAAGACUCACCUUUGAGACUGUCUUCUUACUAUAGUCCAGCAAAGGCUUCUUCUUUGCUGCAAUCCAGGUUGCUGGGGGACAAGAAUCAGUGGAGCAGUGCUGUAAUGACAUGGAGCCGCCUGCAGGGGGAACUGGCAGCCAGCAGAAAUGCUGAUAAAACACCAAGAACUGCCUUGAGGGAGAAAGUGAAGAAAGAGGGCAGUGGGAGCGAGGAUCAGAAUAAAGAGGAGGGAAAGUGCUUUCUGGAGUCUAGGAAGCGUACACGAGAACUGACAGAGGAGGAGAGUGAGAAUAAGAGGCUGAGAAGUGACGAGCAAAAUGGAUCACAGACUCUGAAAGGGGAAAGAGAGGAGGAUAAUAACAGAGAGGCAGGAGAAGAGGGACUUCAGGACGUAAGUGUUGUAAAUAAUCUACUAGUUGUAGAUAUUGAGAGUAGUAGAGAGAAAGAUGGAGAGCAAAAUGAAUCGGACUUUAAAGGCGUUAGAGCGGAUCACACAACAACAGGCCUGGAACAUACUGUGGAAAACAGGACAACAAAUCACCUGGGAGUAGAUAUAAAAUCUAAAUAUUUGGAAAAUGUUUCUUUCAGGAUUAACUGCAAGCGCAGUGGUUCACUUUCCAAGUGCCUCAGUGCACAGGAGGUAAGCAAAAUAAUGGGUGCAGGUUUAAGCAGACUACUGGGGUGGAAGGCUGAGCUCAAGAAUCCUCAGUUGGAGAUAAAUGUCAAUUUGAGUGAUGACUACUGCCUGCUGGGGAUCCCAUUGACCAGGGUUCCUCUGGCUAACCGCAGUUACAUUAAAACCCCAGGUCUGAGGUCUACAAUAGCCUGGGCCAUGGCCUCGUUAGCUCAGAUACAACCAGGCUUCAGUGUAGUCGAUCCAAUGUGUGGAAUGGGAACCAUCUUAAUUGAAGCUGCGCAAGAACACAAGGCUGCCUGCUUCCUGGGUGUGGACAUUGAUGAUGGACAGCUGCAGAAAGCCAGUGAGAACAUAGUGUUUGCAGAGCUGGGGGGCAGAGUGCACCUGCUGAAAGCUUCAUCUAUGGUCCUGCCUCUGCCUAGCUCCAGUGUAGAUGCUGUCAUCUGUGACCUGCCAUUUGGCAGAAAGUUUGGUUCAAAAACAAACAUGGCUGCUGAUCUUCCCCUCAUCCUCAGUGAGAUGGAGAGAGUCCUUCGACUUGGUGGCAUCCUGGUUGUUCUCCUGAGUCCUCAGUUGUCUUCUGUCCUGAAAAAAAUUGUCAUCCAAAAACACACGGAGCCAACGUCUAACGAGGAAGCAAAGCCUCAAACUGGGACACAAAACUGCCGUGUUCGUUCCUCAGAGCAGCAGACUCUCCACCAUCACUUAGAUGUCACAUCCUCACCUACACAGGAAGGAGACUUUCACUUGUCGUCUCUGAAGCACCAAACGACUGUCAGAGUCAGCUUAGGAGCAAUAGAUGGACUUAUCCAUAAAUAUGUGAAAACACCGUUUUGA